UCCAAAGCCGUUCUUGCAAUUUAUGUGACAAAUUGGGAACCAGAAAAAUCUUAUCCCUGUUAUAGAAAACCCAAUUCAAUUGUCGGCCCCAUUUCCUCACUUGAAAGGCUUCAGCGAAGAGAGAUACAGCUUCCCUGUCAUUUCCAUGGCAGUUUGCUAUUCAACUGCUUCGUUGCCAUUCCCGAAACAUGAGCCAUUCCUCUCAAAUCGUCGAACUCCCUGCAGAAACGGAAAUUUCCUCCCCAUUUGCGGAGCAAGCAACGAUUCCAACGAGGAUUACUUGUUGGAUGCUCCGGUUUCGAUUGGAGAUGGAUUUUCAUUCAGUGGAGGGAAAUACUCAGAUGAACCAAGUCCAGCUGAUGAAUGGUUCAAGCAAGGCAAAUUUGUGGAAGCACACCCUGUUGGUGGCUCCGGAGAGAGGGCAAAGGAUCCGAUUUUCGGGCUUGCAAUGGCCGGCUCGUCGCAGGUCUCUACCGAUCUGUUCAGAUGGUUUUGUGUUGAGAGUGGACGAGCAGGCGAUUCGCCAGUUGUUCUUAUUCAUGGUUUUCCAUCACAGGCAUAUUCGUAUCGCAAUGUUCUGCCUAUUCUCUCUAAAGAUAAUCGAGCUAUUGCUUUCGAUUGGCUCGAAACUUCUGCUACUUCAGGAUUCGGAUUUUCAGAUAAACCUCAGCCGAAAUAUGGCUUCGACUACACAUUGAAAGACUACGUCGAGUCCCUAAAAGCUUUGAUCGAUAAAUUAUCAAAAGAUAAGAAAGUUUCAAUCGUUGUCCAGGGAUACUUUUCGCCGGUUGUGGUCAAAUACGCCAAAGAUAAUCAAGAAAAACUCGAUAAUCUCGUUCUUCUAAAUCCUCCUCUGACAGACAAACAUGCCGCUUUGCCGUCAUCCCUCGCUGCAUUCAGCAACUUUUUACUUGGCGAAAUAUUUUCUCAGGAUCCGUUGCGGGCUAGCGACAAAGUCCUGACGAGCUGUGGCCCUUACAAGAUAAAGGAAGAAGUCGCAAUGGUGUACAGAAGGCCAUACCUAACGUCGGGGGCUGCUGGCUUUGCGCUGAAUGCUAUCAGUCGAUCCAUGAAAAAGGAGUUAAAGGCUAACGUUGAAGAAAUGCGCCGAACACUUAGAAACGAGAGUUGGAAAGUUCAGACAGUGAUCGGAUGGGGGCUGAGGGACCGGUGGAUGAGCUUUGAUGGCGUCGAGGAGUUCUGUAGAGAAUCAAAGCUUCGACUUAUCACACUUCCUACGGCUGGGCACCAUGUGCAAGAGGAUUGCGGCGAAGAAUUGGGAAAUCUUGUUGCCGGGAUAGUGAAGAGAGGAAGAAGUAUUUGAUGCAAAAGGUUGGUACUUUGUUCAUACAAUAUCGCCACGACUCGCGUAAAUGAUCUUCGAUCUUUUUCGCCGUCGAAUUUCUUGGUCUUUGUUAUUCAUCGCCAUAAUUUUACUGUGCGCUUUUUGUUUGAUUGACAUGAGUCCGAAUGAGGUGAAGAAUAUGUAUUUGUAGAGUUCAA